AUGGAAGAGGCCCAGAAAGCCGGUAAUGCCCGGAGAGUAUUUCAGUUGAUCCGUGCGACCAAUCCCCGGAAACCACCUUGCCUAGCUAUCAUGCCAGCGGAGGGAGGCACGAAGGCCGGGUUACUGCCAGGUUGCCCAAGCCUAGACAGGAGCAGCCGAGACGCUGAGGUUGGGUUCGAACCAUGGACUUCCGGUCCGUAA